AGUGAAUGCGGAAGUAGUGCGUCUACUGAGUCACCGUUGUGUCAGCUGAGUGUUGCACACUUGUGUGUCUCGUGAGCUGUGGCUUUGAGGUGCGAGGCCGGUAGAGGUGAGCGGAGCUGCCGGAGCCGUGAGCGAGACGAAAUAAAACCAUCCAGCGAGAAUAUGGGUGAAGAAGGACCUCCAAGUCUGGAGUAUAUCCAGGCCAGGGAUCUGUUCCCCCAGAAAGAACUGGUCAAAGAACACGACAGUCUUCAGGUUCCGUUCCCCGUCCUCCAGGGCGAGUGGGUGGAGUUUUUGGGUCGUGCCGAUGAUGCCAUCAUUGCGAUUUCCAACUAUAGACUCCACAUCAAGUUCAAGGACUCCAUCAUCAACAUGUAUCCUGGUGUGGACAGUGAAAUAUCUGUUCCUCUCAGACUGAUCGAGCGUGUGGAGAGUAGAGAGAUGUUUCAACUUCACAUCGUCUGCAAAGACUCUAAAGUAGUGAGGUGUCAUUUCUCAACAUUUAAGCAGUGUGAGGUGUGGCUGAAGCGUCUGAAUAGAGCGGCCGCACAUCCGGCCCGUCUCGAGGAUCUGUUCGCUCUGGCGUAUCACGCCUGGUGUUUAGGAGGGAACACGGACGACGAAGACCAACACCUGCAUCUGUGCAGACCAGGUGAACAUGUGCGGCACAGGAUGGAGGUGGAGGUGAAGCGGAUGGGCUUUGAUACGCAGAACGCCUGGAGAGUGUCUGAUAUCAACAGCAAAUACAAAUUGUGUUCCAGUUACCCUCAAAAACUGCUGGUGCCCGUUUGGAUCACGGAUAAAGAGUUGGAGAGCGUGGGUUCCUUCAGGUCCUGGAAGAGAAUUCCUGUGGUUGUGUACAGGCACCAGCGGAAUGGUGCGGUGAUCGCGCGCUGCAGUCAGCCUGAGAUCAGCUGGUGGGGCUGGAGGAACACAGAGGACGAGUAUUUGGUGACGUCUAUAGCGAAGGCGUGUCAGCUGGACGCGGGUCAGCGUGCCUGCAGAACCAGAGGAGAAGGACCGGACUCGUCCGACAGUGACUUCGACUCGUCUCUUACGAUUUGUCCUGGUUCUGACGGCAGCGCUGCGGUGCAGAAGUUGUUGAUUCUCGAUGCCCGCUCUUACACGGCUGCUGUGGCGAACCGUGCCAAAGGAGGAGGCUGCGAGUGUGAAGAGUACUACCCAAACUGUGAGGUGAUGUUUAUGGGCAUGGCCAACAUCCACUCCAUCAGAAACAGCUUUCAGUCGCUCCGAGCCGUCUGCAGUCAGAUUCCAGAUCCCGGCAACUGGCUCUCGGCUUUGGAGAGCACCCGUUGGCUCCAGCACCUGUCCGUCAUGCUGAAAGCGGCCACUCUGGUUUGCUCUGCGGUGGAGAGAGACGGGCGGCCCGUGUUGGUUCACUGUUCUGACGGCUGGGACCGCACGCCUCAGAUCGUGGCCCUUGCAAAGAUCCUAUUGGAUCCCUUCUACAGAACCAUCGAGGGUUUUCAGGUGCUGGUCGAGACCGAGUGGUUGGAUUAUGGGCACAAGUUUGCCGAUCGCUGCGGUCAUCAGGAGAACGGGGAUGAUGUCAGCGAACAGUGUCCGGUGUUCCUGCAGUGGCUGGACUGUGUGCAUCAGCUGUUGAAGCAGUUCCCCUGCCUCUUUGAAUUCAACGAAGCCUUUCUGGUGAAACUGGUCCAGCACACAUACUCGUGUCUUUAUGGCACUUUCCUGUGUAAUAACUCUAAAGAACGAGACACACGCAACUUAUAUAAACGCACAUGCUCUGUCUGGUCCCUCCUGCGCACCGGCAACAAGAACUUCCAGAACUUUCUCUACAUACCCUGCCAUGACAUGGUUUUGCAGCCGGUGUGUCACACGCGCGCUCUGCAGUUGUGGACGUCCGUUUAUCUGCCAACGUCGUCCCCGUGCACAGCGGCCGAAGACGCCAUGGAAAUCUACAUGAGCCCGUCCGCACAGGGAGACGACUUCACGGCACGCUCUCUCGACAGGCUCCCCAAGACACGAUCGAUGGACAACUUGGUAUCCGCUUGUGAGAAUGGAGUGACCCUCACGCGCACCUCAAGUGACCCCAACCUUAACAAGCACUGCCAGGAGGGGCGCACAGCCCUGGAGUCCAAUCAACCCAUGACCAUCCAGGGUAGCGGUUUGUCUGAAAACCCAGAGGAUGAACCAGUCCACGGAUUGGUCAAUGACGUCACUGAAAUCAAUGUGUCGCCAUCUUGUGAGUCGCUCGAGGAGGAACUGAGGACGGAGCCUUGUCUGACUACACAGCCUCUGCCAUCUUUGCCCCACCCAUUAGCAUUAAAUCAGGCCCCGACCCUUCCGGUUUUAAAUCAAGCCCCGGCCCAAAUCUCAAGUUGUCCACUCCCACCCUUUCCACUGGAAGUGCAGGCCAGGACUGUUGAAAUCACUUCUUACAUCAGCACUACCACAAGUCCACCUCCUCCACGUAACGGCUUCGCACACGAUGAGAACAGAUCUGAGAAAUCGGAGUCGCCUACCUUGGCAGAGCUCUUCGAUCAGUUACCGCCUCUCGCACCAAUGGACGCUUCCGUGGAGACCCUAACGGAGCAGAGCGACAUCCCUCCAGCUCGGAAAACCAUUACUGUGGAAUCGCAAAGCCCACUGGAAACUAAGUGGACUGAGGGUGCACGAAAUGGCGAACUCGUUCCUUUGAGAGAACGAUCGAUGGGCACCGUGCCUCCUGCCGACUACACCAGAGCGGCACGCCGUCUGAUAUCCCAGAGCCAGUUGACCGAUCUCUCCAUGCUCGGCUCGCAGUGGGACAGCGUACAAGGCCUUGUUCAGUCGGCCUGCGGGGGUGCCAUCCAGCAUGGCAGCUAUCACGGUCGUCGCUUGGCAAACAAGCUCCUCCGUGCCCAUGGAGGAAGCGCCAACAGUGGGCCGUGCUGUCGCAGAGACCCUCUGCACCCUCCUGGGAGUCCGGUCCAAUCUGGAUGGUUCUCUGCGGUUAAAAACUCAAGCUACGCCGCCCUCUGUUCGUCAGCUGCCUCUUCGUUAGCCAUUGGUCCGUCUUUCCGGCAACUUCUACCGUCCCAUUCCUCGCCGUCCUCGGGCGGGUCGCCGGGUCAGACGCCCGCGUACCUGGACGACGACGGUUUGCCGGUCGCUGUAGAUGCGGUGCAGCAGCGACUGCGACAGAUUGAAGCCAGUUAUAAACAAGAAGUCGAGGUGUUGAGACGACAGGUCAGACAGCUUCAGCUGAAACUGGAAAGUAAACAGUUCUGCACGACACCCUCCGAGCCCGAUGUCGACUAUGAGGAUGAUAUCACGUGCCUGCGGGAAUCAGACGGCAGUGAUGAGGAAGACUCGCUGUCCUAUCAUAGUGAUGGCAGCUUCAGUGUGGGCAGCUGGGACCGCGUGGAGAGGAAGGACACAGAGGUCACCAGGUGGGUUCCCGAUCACAUGGCUUCACACUGUUUCAACUGCGACUGUGAGUUCUGGAUUGCCAAGAGACGCCAUCAUUGCAGGAAUUGUGGGAAUGUGUUUUGUAAAGACUGCUGUCACCUGAAGCUUCCCAUUCCAGACCAGCAGCUGUACGACCCGGUGCUCGUGUGUAACUCCUGCUACGACCUUCUUCUGGAGUCGCGUAUGCGAGAUCUGCGCUCGCAACAGCUCAAGAAACCCAUCGCCACGGCGUCCAGCUGAGAUAGCCAAUCAGAGCCCGACUGGGCCAUAAGGCCUCCCGCAGGGGUGUUCAUGCAGAUGUCCGUUAUUUAGCGGAUGAGCCACUCUCUGCUUAGAGAGACCAGGUGAUUUUGAGUCCAGGACAGCUGUGAGACUGACCCAGAGGGAGAGGAUGGAUCAUGUGUGAUGAAGAGGUGAACUAAUGAAGAGCAUUUCAGGCUGAGGACGGCACACGAGCGCUCACAUGCCUAAAGAGGCUUUUGUUCAUCUCAAAAUCUCCCCACAACCCCCCGCAAACACACACACGGGAGAAUCGGUAUCCAGCAAGAGGCUCACUAUUAACACCAGAAGCUGCUACAGUAUUUCAAAAUGAAAUUAUACUUUGUGUCCUUUAUUUUGUGCCUCUGGAGAGGAUCUGCGGCUGUUUGAAGCUUGAAUUAACAAAGGGUUAAACGAGUGGCCUGAUGCUGCCAGUUUGUGUGAUUUUGAUGCAAUUUUCUGUUCUAGUUAAAGAUUUUCUGUGGUAUUUUCAGAAUAACUCAUGCAAAAAUAAAUCAUCCUUCAAUGCCAAAAAUCCAAUUAAAAUGGCACCAGUUUGAAUCUCUUCAGCCGGAGACGAGAUGAACAAACGGAACAUUUCUGCACAUUUAAUGUGUUCGUUACGUGAGUUAAAUAAAACUAUAGCCAUGUUGCACUUCGUCCGUCUGAUAUUUCCGGAACGUUAGCCGGAAUUACUCUUGAUGUCGUUUAUAUAACUUCACAACUGGACACACAUUCAUCUUACUCGACUGUAUUUAAUCAAACUAACUGAAUCGUUCGAGGGAGUCACUUUGAUUAUUCUUUCCUUUAAUGUUUCUCCUGUCAGUCCUGGAUCACUAAAGUAACUGUUAAAUGGUGAAUCUCAAACUGUGCCAUUGAUUCUUUGUUUCUUCUGACACUGUUACUUAAUUGUGACGAUUUGUUCAGUGCUACAAUACGAACAGUGAGAAACUGAUUUGUGAACGAUGAGCAGUCUGUAGGGACACAACAGGACGGUUUGUUUCUUGAUUUCAUCAAAAGGAACCCAGAAAUGUGAUGUAUAGUUUAUCUGGUCUAAUAGUGGCUCUAGUUUUGUCACUUAGUGAAUAAUUGUUGUAAAAAUAAAACAACUGUGCAAAUCCCAAGGGUAAAAUAAAAGAGGUCUUCAU